CACUACACAAUUUCCCGUGUACAGUCCGUUCGAGUCAGUCCGCGCGCACAACCGGCGUUGAGGGUGCGACACUUAAUAUUUAUCCUCCGACUUCGGAGCGGCCCGACGAAAUCCUCCGAUCCGAAUGCGGACGCCGAUAAGGACGUCGCGUCGGUGGCCGCAGCGUACAUAAUAAUAUUGUAGCCGUUUCGACCGCCGUCGGCCAGCACCAGCUUUAGUGUGGGUUCGUGUAGGCCGCGCGGUCGCCCCGAGAUGGGAACCGUGCUGAGUAUCAGCCCGAAGAACCGCAAGUCCGUGUACCCGGCCAUGGCGAGCAGCGCCAGCGCGGCCGAGUUCACGCUCAACAACUUUACGUACGAACAUCUCCACAAGCACCGGGACGUAACCAGCCGGAGCAUAUCCAUGAUGUUGCCGGCCAACAUAAAUAUCAACAACCACAACAACAUCAACAACAUCAACAACAACAACAAUAACGUGGAGAACAAAAUGAUCGAGCGGGGUGCGCUGGAAAAGAGCUUGAAAAAACACUCGGCCCUGAUCAACGCGAUCAGCUGGAAACGGUUCAGCACAUCGCAGAGCAAAAAGAAAUUAGACACCAACAGCGGCAACGGUAACGUCGGCGGCGGUGGCGGCCUCAAGUCGACCAAGACCAUCGUUCGCCAACCGUUGGUCGACAGCAACGUCAACGUCGAGAAGAACGUCCGUAGGUCGGCCACCACCACCGGGUUGGACGUGAUCAACAACAACGAGAAACUGGUGCCCCGCGCCACCCUGGUACCGUCGCACACGUGCCACAGCCUAGUGCCCCGCAAAACCGUAAUCCAGGCGUCCACGUCGGAGCUGCUCAAGUGCCUGGGCGUUUAUUUGCACCACAAGUGUUACAAGCUCAACGAUUUCCAGGCCGGAGACGCGGUCAUGUGGCUCAGGACGGUCGACCGGAGCCUGCUCAUACAGGGAUGGCAGGACGUGCCGUUCAUCAAUCCGGCCAACGUGGUGUUCGUUUACAUGCUGGUCAGGGAGUUGGUGGACGAACGGGUGACCACCGAACAGGAGCUGCAAGCGGUCGUGCUCACCUGCCUGUACUUGGCCUAUUCGUACAUGGGCAACGAAAUUUCGUACCCGCUGAAACCUUUCCUGGUGGAGGACAGCCGGGAUACGUUCUGGGACAGGUGCCUGAGCAUUGUCCGCAGCAUGUCUGCUAAAAUGCUGCGCAUCAACGCCGAACCGGCGUACUUUACCGAGAUAUUUUCCGAGCUCAAGUCGUGCGGCACCCUAAGCAUGGUGCUGCAGACGGCGUGAUGAGCUGCACAAAAACCCACAUUGUACAUGUCAACGUCUACGAUCCGGAACUCCUUUUGCGGAACACAUGCCGUCCGAUCAUCAAUUGAGACCCUACACAGGUGAGUUCAAUGCACCGGGGUUUCUACAAUCAAUAGACCCGCCGUCUCCGCACCGUACUCCGUGACUCCGACCCCUAAGAACAUGCCAGACUACCCGGCCGUUGUAGUAUUAAAACAAACUAUAUACUACACGAUAUUAUGCAGAGGGUUGUUUCGCCCGGAACGUGGGGCGCGUCCGGAGAAGGGUCGUUUACACGGAGGGAGCCAUUUUUCAAAAAGGGUGUCACGCAAUGAUUGUACGCCAGCAAGAUUCUUCGGAAAAAAAAAAUGAAAAUCGUUCAUCGUCUGCAAAGUUUCGCAAAAAAGGAAUUCCGUUUUGUUAAAGCUCAUCGUUCGCCCGCAUAAUAUGGAAACCUAAACUACGGCUACCCUGCGGUUAGGUUACCUGUAAGCUAUAGACCGUUGUUUAGGCUUCCAAAUGAUUAUUGCCUACUCGUUUGCGUAACGAGUGUAGAUUUUUUUCUUCAACUUUUCUAUAAAUUAUAUUUUUAUUUCCAGAAGAAAUACAUAAUAAUAUUAUAGUUAGGUAGCAUAAUUUAUGUGUAUGUACAUAAUAACAGACAAAACGUCCAGACUUGGUGGUCCCGUUUCAGCCGACUUAUAUACAAGGUUGGGCAUAUAACUCGAUUUACUAUACCCCGUUACAAGAUACAAGUUACGCGCAAUCGCCGUAACCAGUUACAAGUCACAAUAUGUAGUUACAUUUAAUUAUGUAACGAGUCACAAGUUAAAACAUACGCGCCUAAAUUACAUUUAAUUAUCAUGUGACGAGUUAUAAGUUACAAUAGUUACAUUACAUUUAACUAUUACAAGUUCGAGUUACGUAAUGAAGUAACGUUUUAAAUUACAUGCUAAAUAAUACAAUAAAAACAUAUUUAUACUUUAACCAAUUCAAUUAUUAUAGUCGUUCAGUGUUAUAAUAGUAUUAACGAGAAGUUAUUAUAAAAAACAAAGUGUUAUCAAAUAUUUCAGAUUAGUAAAAUGUUUUUUUGACAGCAGCUAUGAUAACGUAACUUAACUCAAUAUAACUUAACCUAAGAUAACGAGGCAUGUUUGUAUAGCUUGUUUCUUCUACGAAAAGCUUAAAUCUGGUUAACGAGUUAUACAAAUUGCAUCUGUAACUCGGUUACAUGUAACUUUAACAAGUGUAACUUUAAAAAAAAUAUGUUCAACCCUGUUUAUAUUGUCGUAUGCGGUAUGCAAUUUGCUAAAAAUUAUUUGCAACGAGCUUUUGGUGCGCACACACACACACACACUAUGCGGGUAAACCAAACCUAUAUAAUAUAAUAAUAAUAUUAUUUACUUAUUAUUAUUAUUACCAUGUAAAUACUUGAUGGCAUUAAAAUUAACAUAAUAUAUUAUUGUAAUACCCUAAGCACGCGCAUAAUGGUAAUGAAUCAUUUUUUAUUUUUCGCUUUGAAUAUGAUUUGUUUUAAAGAAAGUAUUAUGUUUUUUGAGGCGAUGUUUAAUUUUUUAUCGAUAACUGAAACGCUAGUGUACGCCAGAUGCAAAGUGUCACUUUGCGCCUGCUCGUUACUGCGUUUGAACUAUCGUAAAGCACGGGUUCAAAAUUCCUCCAUUUUUUAAAGAGAAAAUUAUUAUUAUUAUUAUGAUUAUUAUUAUUGUAAAAAAAUAUGUAUAGUAAGAUUUUGAUAUAUUAUAAUAAUGAAAAUUAGAUGUAAUAAAUCGAAUUGAUUUCGAGAAUAGAAGAUAAAUUAAAAAAAAAAAAAUAUAGGUAUGAUAAUAAUAAUAUUUAGUUAAAUAAGAGUUAAAAAAAAAGUAAUAAUUAAUUAGUUUUAUUUUUGACAAAUGUCUUAGAAAAUUACAUUAGAUCAUUAUAAAGAAAAAUCCACACCAAUCAUUCCAUAUUAUAUUAGCUCAUUAGAUAACACGUUUUGAAAGUGAUACAUUUUUCAUUUAAAUGUCAAGUCCUUUUAUGUUAUUAUUAAUAGGUAUUAAAUUCCCCUUCAGAAGACUGAACGACGUUACGUGUAAUUUUUUUUUUACCCUUUCACAUGGCGAAAGAUAAUUUUAACCUUUUAAAUCAUUUACAAUAAAACAUAUAGAUAAAUAAGAAACUUAAUUUUAAUUGAUAAUUAAAACUUAAUUAUUAUUGAGAAUCUAUAUUCAUAAGGCUGGGAUGCUGCAAUUCCUUAGGUUAAGUGCAUCUCAAUAUUGUUAUUCAAUACAUAUAGAUGAUUUCUUUUUCUUUUUUUUUGUCUUUAAUAUUUUUAAUGUUUAACGUUAAGCUUCAUGAGUAUAUCGUUACCAUGACGGAAGUGUGUAUUUGUUAAAUAUAUUUGGUUUUCCCGGUCUCCUCGACGAAGCGGCGACGCUGUCCGACCGGGGGAACCAUAUACCAUUAAGGUUAGGUUAAGUUUGGUUAAGUUUGGUUAGGUUAGGUUAGGUUCGGUUAGGUUCGGUUAGGGUUGGUUAGGUUAGGUUCGGUUAGGGUUGGUUAGGUUUAGUUAGGUUCGGUUAGGUUUAGUUAGGUCCGGUAAGGUUAGGUUAGUUGUAAACUUAGGUUAGGGAGUUUUGUUUUGUUUUAUUAUAAUUUUUUUUUUUUACGGUAUUAAGCGGUCGCGCUUAAGCGUUGACCGAAAGAAUGAAACGUAAUAAGCCAUACAGAUGAAAUCGUCUAGUCAGUCGUGGUCGUGAUUUCGAUUGCGUUUCUCUUAGCGGAAACCUUCCAAAUCCGACAUGGCCUUUUUAGUAUAUAAGUGUUUACAUUUAGUGUGUUUAAUGUACGUUUUUUUUUAACGUUUAAUAUUGUAUUUAAUUAUUAUAUAAUAUGUAUUUAUACUAUAGUCGUCGGAGAUACACUUUCCAAUUCGAUUUUCCAGUAUUUUUUCGUCAACUACCCAACAGCGCCAACUCGGCCAGUAGUUUUUCUAGUCAACCUACGUCUAAUAAUAAUAUAUCCUCACACGGUUUCAUAUUAUAAUAAUGAUAAUAAUAUUACCCGCAAUAUCACACACACACACACAUCAAACCGCAUUUUUGUACAUAUAAGUUUAAUUUAAACAAUAUACAUAUUUCAAUUAAUUAAUUAAUUAUAUAUUAUUGUAAUCAAUUUAAGGUAUUUUAAAAGAGGUGAAAAAUGACGGUCCUGACAAGCGGUUUACCUUUACCGCCAACUCUAAAACUCCUUCGUAGCACGGGUUAGGCUAGGUUAGGUUAGGCAAUAACAAAAAUAUUAAAAACUCUUCAGACCAACCGUCUUUCACCCACAUUUACUUGUUUUGAUUAUUAUUAUUAUUUUUUUUUAACUCUGUUAAAUGUUUUGAUUUCCGUUUCGUUUUGUUUAUGUUUUUGUUUUGAACGAAAAAAACAAAAGAGGCAAGCUUCAAUUGAUCUCAUGUUUUAGCUUUUCAUGACGACCACAUUGGAAAAUAUGUCGUCGUUUAGUUUUUUGUCCCUGGGAAUAAUCCGAAAACGAUUCUCCUUUUUUCGCGGCAUACCUGUUAACACAAUAUUUGAAGAAAAAAAAUAAUACUCAUUUUUUGCUCGUAUACUUUAUAAAUUAUAACUUAUAUUAUUAUCAUUAUCAUUAUUAUUAUUAUUAUUAUUAUUAUUAUUAUUAUUAUUAUUAUAAUUUAUACUACGUUAACGGUAUACGGUAGCUUAGCAGAGAGCUUUUAACCCAAAAGAGUGUGCAAUUUACAUUUAACAAAAAAAUAAAAAUAAGAAUCCCAAUGAAAUUGUUUAGAAAUUAUAUGUUUUAUAGACAUGUAUAAUAAUGCGUUGAUUUAAUAUGCAUCGAUUAUCGUAAUGUCAUUUUUACUACCCCCGCUGUCGUUCACAGAAAACAAAAAGCCCCCUCUCCACCCCCCCCCCCCCCGAAAAAAGCCAUUUUAUUAUAAAUAAUGUACGUAAAUUUACAUUGUAUUAAUUAUGUAUUAUUGUAUUAAUAUUAUAUUAUUCAAUAUUACGUUUGUAUACAUAAACAAAAAUAUAUAUAUUUUUCUUUUUUGUGAGUACAUAUUUUGUCUGUGCGUUUGCAAAAAAAACAUCAUGUUUUUUGUGUCUGUAUAAUAAUUAAUUAUUAAGCUCUUCACGCCCAACACACCAAAGUUGCCACCAUCGGCCUAAUCUAAACUGACACAAUUGUGUGAACGAAAUUUUAGGCUUAAACUUUUGCGAUGUUUGUUCGACGUGAUUUUUUACAAUUUUUUGUUUUUUAAUGU